AUGAUAGCUACCAGAGACCAAGUGUUCGGCGUUGCCCGUAUUUUCGCUUCGUUCAACGACACCUUCGUCCACGUCACCGAUUUGUCGGGCAAGGAAACCAUCGCCAGAGUUACUGGUGGUAUGAAGGUUAAGGCCGACAGAGACGAAUCGUCGCCCUACGCCGCCAUGUUGGCUGCCCAAGACGUUGCCGCUAAGUGCAAGGAAGUUGGUAUCACCGCUGUCCACGUCAAGCUCAGAGCCACCGGUGGUACUAAGACCAAGACCCCCGGUCCCGGUGGUCAAUCGGCCCUCCGUGCCUUGGCUCGUUCGGGUCUCAGAAUCGGCAGAAUCGAAGACGUCACCCCCGUCCCCUCGGACUCGACCAGAAGAAAGGGUGGUAGAAGAGGUAGAAGAUUGUGA